AUGCAAAAUUUUAACCUCGUAUGGCUCGAUACCAAUAUUGACGAAGUAAACAAUAGUGAUUGUUGUAAUACAAUUAGUCAAUUACAACAAGUUGUUAAUAUUGUACGUACAUUUACUGAUGCUGAUCGUUGCAUUGAUUUUAUUAGUAGUAUUGAAGAAAAAAAAUUUUUUAUGAUUAUAUCUGGAAGUCUUGGGGAACAUAUUGUACCUAAGAUACAUAAUGCAUAUCAAAUUCAUUCUAUAUAUGUUUUUUGUGAAAAUGAGUCAAGACAUAAACAAUGGGCUCAAAAAUGGUCAAAAGUAAGAGGUGUAUUCACAGAAAUUCAACUUAUAUGUGAAGAGUUAAAACAAACUGCACAACAAUGUGAUCAAAAUGCUAUUUCAAUUGGUUUCAUUUCUAUAGAUGAAGAAUUAUCAAAACAAAAUUUAGAUCAAAUGAACCAAUCUUUCAUGUAUACACAAAUAUUAAAAGAAAUUUUAUUAACAAUUGAAUUUGAUCAAAAAUCAAUGAAAGAUUUUAUUGUUUACUGUCGUCAGAAAUUUGCUAAUAAUUCUAUUGAAUUAGAAAAAAUCAAGAAAUUAGAACGAGAAUAUAAUCAACAUAAGCCUAUAUGGUGGUAUACAUAUGAAUGUUUUCUAUAUUCAAUGGUUAAUCAAGCUUUACGUACGAUGGAAUUUGAUGCUAUUAUUAAAAUGGGCUUCUUCAUUCGAGAUCUUCAUGAAGAUAUUGCAAAAUUACAUUUUGAACAAUUUAGUGGUCAUCACAAAUCAGAUUCAUUUACUGUUUACCGUGGUCAAGGUUUACCUAUAAUAGAUUUCAAUUAUUUGAUGAAAACAAAAGGUGGUUUAUUGUCUUUUAACACGUUUUUAUCAACCAGCAAAAAUUACCAUGUUUCACUCAAUUUUGCUCGUCGAUCUCUUUUAGAGUCUGAUUUGAUAGGUGUUCUAUUCAUAAUGACAAUUGAUCCUAGUUUAUCAUCAACUCCAUUUGCAUCCAUCAAGAAUGUUAGCUGUUAUCAAGCAGAACGCGAAAUUCUCUUUUCAAUGCAUAGUGUUUUUCGUAUUGGUCACGUCAAACAAAUCGAACAUGAUAAUGAUCGUCUUUGGCAAAUAGAAUUAAAGCUCACUAGUGAUGAUGAUCAUCAACGUCAUGAUCUUACCGAGCGAAUACGAAAUGAUACUUCAUGGUUGACAGGAUGGCAUCGUCUAGGUCGAUUUUUAAUUAUGAUCGGUCAAUUUAUAAAAGCCGAAGAUCUAUACAAAAUAUUAUUUCAACAAUCUGAUAAUGAAGCUGAGCAAGCACAUAUUAUGCAUCAUCUUGGAGUAAUUAAAGAUGGUCAAGGAGAUUAUGAAAUGGCCAUUUAUUUUUAUGAAAAAUCACUUCAAAUCAAUAGCGAAAUUCUUUCUCCAGAUCACCAUUUUUUGGCUAGUACGUACGAUGGAAUUGGCUUGGUAUAUACGAAAAAACACGACUAUUCUAAAGCACUCUCAUCACUUGAAAAAGCACUGGAAAUGUUUCAAAAAACUCUUUCUCCAAAUAAUUUUCAUAUAGCUAUUUCCUAUGGUAAUAUUGGUAAAGUAUAUGAUGGUAUGGGGGAAUAUUCAAAAGCACUCUUGUAUCAUGAAACAGCUCUGGAAAUUUUCAAAAAAACUCUUCCUGAAAAUCAUCCUAAUAUGGCCACUUCUUAUUGUGAUAUCGGAAAUGUUUAUGACAAAAUGGGCGAAUUAUCAAAAGCACUUAAAUCUCAUGAAAAAGCGCUUGAGAUUCGUGAAAAGAUCCUUCCUCCAGAACAUCCUUUGUUGGCCAAUUCCUACCAUCAUAUUGGUGAACUAUAUGUGAAAAUGCGCAGAUACUCUCAAGGACUUCUAUUUAUUGAACAUGCUAUUGAUCUUGGACAACGAUCAUUACCUGAAAAUCAUCCUGAUCUUGAGCUUUAUAAAAGCAAUCUUAAACAAUUGCAAAAGAAAUGUUAA